AUGGCAGAUAAAGAACCAACACCAGCAGAAGAAGCCGCUCUCCGCGCAAAAGAAGCAGAAGAACAAGCCGCCCUCCCCUACAAGUGGACGCAAACAAUCACCGAUCUAGACGUCAGUCUCGAAGUCCCCGGUAACCUAAAAGGCCGCGACCUCAUCGUGGAGCUCAAAAAGAAGAAACUCGUAGUCGGAAUCAAAGGGCAAGAACCCAUCAUAAACGGCGACCUCCCUCACGAAAUCCACACCGAAGAAUCAACAUGGACGCUCAUCCCCUCCGCGAACGGCACCAAGACAAUCGACAUCCAUCUGGAUAAAAUCAACAAGAUGGAAUGGUGGGCGCACGUUAUCGUCGGGGCGCCUAAGAUUGACGUCUCGAAGAUCACGCCGGAGAAUAGUAAACUUGGGGAUUUAGAUGGGGAGACGAGGGGCAUGGUCGAGAAGAUGAUGUAUGAUCAGCGGCAGAAGGAGAUGGGGAAGCCGACGAGCGAUGAGGCGAAGAAAUUGGAUAUGCUGGAGAAUUUUAAGAAACAGCAUCCCGAGAUGGAUUUUAGUAAUGUGAAGAUGAGCUGA